AGAGAGAGAGACAGAGACAGUAUGUGUGAAGGUAAAGUGAGGGAAGACAUGCACCAAAUCAUGCCUGGACCAGGAACUGAACAUGCGUCCAGUAAGACGAAGAACUAGCACCCCAAAGAGCAAAACUUUCAACAUUGAUGUUUUACAGAUAUGCAUAAACAUUGAUUCACGAGUGAGAUGAAUGUGCACCUUCCUCUCAGACUUAACAUCAACGUAUAUCCAAAAUGAUUUACACUAGGACACAAACAGCUCCAUGAUAAAACCUUCACAUCAGUUUAUCUGCAAACUUCAACAAAGUGUCAUGUUUGAAAAGGAGGUGGAUAUGAUUUACACUUACAGUAUUAAUCCUACCGUAUCCUUUCCAACAACUAUUUAGAAGAACAUUUUUUAGACCAUGAUAGUUGUUUUUAUCACAAAGUAUCACCUACAGAACAUUUUAUCUUCAAGCCAGAGAGUUAUCAUGUGAUUCAGGGUCUUAAAGAAAGCAUCUUAAAAUAAUUUUAUUCUGUUUUAUUCCAAAUUUGGUAAAUGUCAUGUUUGAGUAUAUUCAUGUUCAGCUUUAAAAAACAAUUACUUUUAAUUGUUGUUGUUGUUUUUCCAAAGUGUGUUGGGACGAUGAGCGUGUGCUCAGUCAAAGUCAUUGAUCCCAGCAUCAGACAGCAGAUCUGCUCUCUCUACAGGGUCACCACUUUCCCAGAUUCACACAGAGCUCUGUGAGUGUGUCUCCAUCACCCCCCCAGUCCUCCACCUGUUCCCCUGAGAUCUAACCAUUGUCCCCCAGGCAUUAACAGCAUUCACAGGGCUGCAUCCAUUAUUGUCUCAACAAGCUCUCUGAUUGGCUGAGAGUGUGAGAAACUCCAGUCAGACCCAAACCCACACAUUCAUAUGGAGAUGUGGGACUAUAAAUAGGAGGGAUGAAGCCAGCAGAGAUCAGAUUCUCUUGACAGAGACCUCUACAGCACACAGAUCCACACAUGGCUCCUACAAUCACUGCAGCAAUGACCAACUCUCAGGAGCACCUCACUCUGACUCACAAGCUCAGAAAGCCUCUGGUGGAGAAGUUACGCAGAGAGCGAAUCAACAGCAGCAUCGAGCAGCUCAAGACUCUCCUGGGUCCAGAGUUCCAGAACCAGCAGCCAGACUCCAAGCUGGAGAAAGCAGACAUUCUGGAGAUGACAGUUUGUGUCCUGAGACGACUGCAGCAGAGGAAUCAAACUGUGAACUCAGCAGCUGUCAAUCAGGGCUACUCCAGGUGUGUCAAAGAGGCGACUCACUUCCUGUCCAGGGAGCAGGUGAACAUGAAGUCCAAGAGGAGACUGCUGAACCACUUCAACAAGCUGCAGUCUUCCUCUGAGAAGAACCUGAGAGAGGCUGACUUCUCUCCUCUCAGCUCCACAGUCCAGACCAGCAUCAGCAAGGAGAAAAGUCCAGUGAACAGCGCUCCCUGGAGGCCGUGGUAGACUCCUGGAGGAUGAAGUUGUUGGACUUUUGAACUCUGUCUCAUGCUCUGGCCACAUGUUGUGCAACUUUUCACCGUUAUGACUUUUUUUAAAGGCUGAUUCUGUGUUUCUGUGAUGUCUGCAGAUUAUUAUUACUUUCUUUUAUUAUGAAAGAUGUGACCUCUUUGUGAAUCUGAUUUUACUCUGUGAGGUAAUCAGUCCUGUUCCCAAUGGGAAUCACUUUAUAUUAUGUUAGCUAUACUGACAUUAUGUUAGUAUUACUGACUGUGACGUCUGUACUAUUCUCCAUUUUGGAGAGCCAGUUAAUCAUGUCGAGCAUGUGUCAGAUUUAUAUGUGAUAUUCACAUCCUCUGACUUUUAAAGCGUCCUCUGAUAUGUCUUUUUAUUUUCUGCAUUCUCAGCAGAUGUUGUUUUUUUAUAUGAAGAUGUUCUUAAAGACAAAUGUGCUGCUUUGUAACUCUGUGAGUGUCAGCACUCGUUGCUUCUGUGAAGGCUUCUGUUUGGAAAAUAUCUCAUGAAUGUAUCUCUUCAAGCCAAGUGAUGCGAAAUAAAACAAUCAGA